GAAAAAAAAAACAAAGAAGAUAAAGAUGUGCUAAUACAUAUCUACAACUUGAGGCUGCAACGAAGGAUGAGCUCAAGGAAGUACAGAUCGUUGGCAACCUCUAUAUAUUGCUAUCUCCUACAAAUUCACAGGCGAAGAAAAUUUGGAGGUCGCUAGAGAGGUGGAGACAUGGCUUACUUGGAUGUGCGCUGCAUCUUGUUCGACAUGCUGCCUUCCCCUGCAAUCGUGGAGCAAGGCCGCGCACUGGGCGUAGCACGCCAGCUGGAAUCCAUCCGCCUUCACCUCUGGGCCAUCAACGCGGUGACCAUGGACGCCGAGCUACGAGGACAGGAGGACUGGAUGGCCACCGUGGGCACCACCAUGGUGGACCUCGAAGUCCUUCUCACCCGCAUCGCCGACCGGCACGAGACGGCCUCUGAUCGCUGGACCUCGGGCCCUUUCCUCGGCCUCUGCGCCUCCUUCCGCCUCGCCUGCAAGCUCACGAAGAUGGUGCGCAGGUUGAGGGCCCUCGUCGCCGAGGCAUCCGCCUUGAACCUUCACGAGGACACGAUGCGGUUGAUGGAUCCUUUAAGGGAAGACUACUCCGACAUCCUCAAAGAGGAGGUCUUGGGUAGAGACGGAGACAGGGACGAGAUCGUAAAGAGUAUCCAGCAGCAGCAGCCGAAGGAGGAGGAUAAAUUCGGCGACGCGCCCCCCUGCGUCAUCGUCAUCUACGGCCCCAGCGGGAUGGGGAAGACGACGCUCGCGCGGAUGGUUUACCACCACGACUGGGUGCGCCGCUGCUUCCGGCACCGCAUCUGGGUCAACGUCUCCGACCUCUUCUCCUUCGACAUGGUGGGCGUCAGCACGGAAAUUGCGAGGUCCCUCGCCGGAGGCGGGCCCUGCAUGAAGCUUCGAUCGCAUCUGCAAUCCAUCUCGGAGUUCGUUCUCGGAGCUCUGGCCGGAGACCGCUACCUGCUCGUUCUCGACGGCAUCGACGUCAAAGGCGAAGCUGCCGACUUUGAGACGUCCCAAUCCAAGUUAAUCCAGAAAUGGGAUCAAAUGACGCACCAAAUAUUCAGCGUUGGAGCGCCGGGAAGUACUAUCAUCGUCGCCGUCGCCGACGAAUAUCAAGCUAAGAUAUUUAAAUCCGCAACGACACACAAUCUGACGGCUCUGUCGGAAAAUGACUGGUUGGAUUUAUUCAAGAAGCAUGCAAUAAAAAACCGGCCCGAUAAAGACGAAGAGACCGCCGCCGCCGCAUGCACCGAAGAUGCUCUGCUUCCGUUCUUCAAAGGAUGCUACGAAGAUUUCUCGGGCUCACCCUUGGAAGCAAAGCUUUUGGGGUCGGCGUUCAGGCACACUGAAGUCAAACGAUGGCGACGAGAAAUAGUAGAUCUUGGUCUUCUCAAAAGGAGCAUGAGAGAGAACCAGCGUUACAGCACGGCUUCCUUUCAUCAUCUCCCUACUCGAUCCGCUCGGCUUCAUCUCUACUGCUCACUUUUUCCAGAAUUGAAGAGAGCCACGCCACUUGAAGAUUUCAUUCAUAUGAUGCUCGUCGAAGGCCUCGUUCCGGAUUCAGGUGAUAGAGAUGAAGCAAUACGGUACCUCAAGGACAAUGUGGUUGCAGGAUUCCAUCAACAACUGACAAGAAGCCAACACUACUUCACUUGGGAGGUCGGUCGAGAACAUUCAUCAAGAAUCCCGAAACAAUGCCGCCAUUUAUGCUUACUUCUCGACUCCAAUGCGCCCAUAUCCGCCACGGCCUUGCAGGGUGCGACCAAACUGAGAACAUUGAUUCUGCGCACAACAAAGAACAUGCAGCAAAAGCAUCAAAAAUAUCAAUUUGCAGACUUACCUGAUGCCAUCUUCUUGCAACUAUUUGAUUAUCUUCGUAUAUUGCAUUUAGCAGAUAGCAAGAUUCAAACUCUUCCUAGAGCAAUAGAGAAGCUGAGCGACUUGAGAUACCUCAAUCUCUCCAACUCGGAGAUCGUAGAGCUUCCUGGAUCGUUAUGCAGCCUUCAAAAUUUGCAGGUUCUCAAGCUGAAUCACUGCAAGAUGCUUCUCGGACUACCUGGCGAGAUCCACAAACUUGAAAAACUGCGAAUUUUGAAACUGGCGCACUGCGAAAAGCUUCAAAAGUUGCCGGACUCCGUCACUUCUCUUGUGAAUCUACAGGAGUUAAAUGUGAAGGGCUGUUGUUUUCUUGUCGAGUUGCCUGAGGAUUUUAGUGGCAUGCAAAAUUUGACAGAACUAAAUAUGCAAGAAUGUGCAUCCUUGAUUCGAGUGCCUUGCGGAAUCGAGCAGUUGAGUGAGCUAAGAACAUUGUUGGGUUACUCACUAGUGCAUCCCAUUGGAACUUGGAUAAAUUUUACAAGCCUCACGCAACUUGGGUUGGAGAAACUUGAACAUGACAUGGCAAUGCAGAAUAUUGUUCGGACGAAACUGCUGGAACAGAUUACAAAUCUCGAGAAUUUGGCUCUGCAUUGGCAGUGGUCGGAGAGGAAUGAUGCCGCCAACAAUGAUAUCCAGUUAGAUUCACUGAUCCUUCUUGACCACCUUGAACCUAGAGAGUGUUUGAAGAAGCUGGAGAUUUUUUCAUACUUUGGGGUUGCCUAUCCAAAAUGGAUGGAAUCCAUCAACAAUUUGAUAGAGAUUAGACUAGUGAAUCUCAAGGCAUGCAAAUCGCUACCGCCACUAGGACACCUACCUCGACUCCAGAUUGCUGUGAUAAGCGGCAUGGAAAUGGUGGUGAUGGUGGCCGACAGCUUCUACGCUGGCGGCAAGUUCCUCAGGUUAAGAGAGCUCACAUUCUCUGAAAUGCCAAAUCUAAGAACAUGGAACACGCCAGGAUCAGAAAAUUGUGGAACAGAAGAAAAUGAGGAGUAUUUUCCGCUCCUCAAGGAACUAACACUGUUUCAGUGCCCAAAGUUGAAGGAACUCAAUGUAUUCCUUGGGGCAUGGAGAUUGAAAAUGUCACUGAGCAACGGGUUGCUACUGACGUCCCAAAUUCAGAAGAGUUGGGAUAACCUCAAACAUCUCGAGGAAUUGGAGAUAGUUGGGUGUCAAGAACUGGAACGCCUUCCAGCUGCUAUGGCAAAUCUCAAGUACCUUCGGAAGUUGACAAUUAUAUGGUGCAAUAACUUGGUGGCCUUGCCGAAUUGGCUGUUGGGACUGCGUUAUCUGUCGCGCCUGCAAGUAUCUGACUGCCCCAAUCUGUCUUGGAUGCCGCAGGGACUCAGACAACAACAGCCAGGAAUUGCUAUCAGUGUUCAUGACUGUCCCAACUUGCAGCUGUGUUAACUUUCAUCAUUCCCUCCAGAUGUCAACGCCAAGUGAUUCUAUCCAAAAUCGGUGAAGGUGGUGAGCUAAGAUGUGACUAUUGUUGACUCAAUGAAGACUUUGCGAUGUCUUGUAACACAUGGAGAGUUAGUGCCGGACUAGGGAAGAGGUCAUGACGUUGACCCUCCAAUGCUCAAGUCAAUGGUCAGUCUCAAAGAAGAAAGUACUAAACUGUAGCGAAUGACAUGUGCAAAUAAGAAGCAUCACAUAUCUCCGUUUAUAGAUAGAGACUGCUUUUAUAAUGUCACUAUAGCAUUGUGCAUGCAUCUCAAAGCAUUAACAUGUUUCUCCAAGAUUUCUUAAGAAAGGACAAGACAUAAAGUUCCCCUGACACCUUUCCUCGAAUGAGCCCGUAAAUCAUUGUGAGUUGACAAG